GAGUCGACUCUCUCAGUUUAAAGCCAUUACUACUACUACUACGACUACUCUUUCCUUUCUCUCUACGCGUUUUCUUUCUCUUCUUCCCCUCUUUUGUAUCUUUUCUCACUUUUCCCUUUAUAUCUAUUUACUAUGUAUUUUCAGUACACUUUUUGUUCGACUGGCUAUAUAUAGGAUUUUCCGCCGAUCACUUCAAUUUUCAGCUUCGAUCAAAUCAAAUUCGGUGAAAUUCUUAAAAGGGUGAUCAAAGAUACCAAGUUACUGGAUCAGGACCUGUAAUAUAAUUGGUGAUGGCUCCAAGUAUUAGGAAGGCAAUUGGGGCAGUGAAAGAUCAAACUAGUAUAAGCCUAGCUAAAGUGGCCGGCAAUGUUGCGCCAGACCUCGAAGUAUUGGUGGUGAAAGCAACCACUCAUGAUAAUGAGCCAGCAGAUGAGAAAUAUAUUAGGGAGAUUUUGCACUUGACGUCCCAUUCUAGAGGAUAUGUGAGUGCUUUUGUUUUUGCUGUGUCGAAGAGGUUGAGUAAAACCCACGAUUGGGUUGUGGCAUUGAAGGCCUUAAUGCUUGUGCAUAGGCUGUUAACUGAUGGAGAUCCUGUACUCGGGCAAGAGAUCAUGUAUGCAAGUCGGAGGGGGAUGAGGGUCUUGAAUAUGUCCGAUUUUCGUGAUGAAGCUCACUCUAACUCAUGGGAUCAUUCUGGAUUUGUUAGGACUUACGCCUUUUACUUAGAUCAGAAGCUUGAGUUUACCGUCUAUGAUAGGAAGUUGAAUGACGUUGAUAUCAAAAAGAGGUUUGAAGAUGGUUAUGGGAUGGAUAGGGGAGAGAGGUCCUAUAGCGAGUUUGAUGAGUCCGCUGGAAGGGGAGAGAAAAACGGUGUGACACCGGUCAGAGAAAUGAAGCCCGAGCGGGUUUUAGAGAGGUUGAAUCAAUUGCUUCAGCUUCUUGAUAGGUUCUUGGCUUGUAGACCAACCGGGGCAGCAAAAAAUAGUAGGAUGGUGCUGGUGGCGUUAUAUUCACUUGUGAAGGAGAGCUUCAAGCUUUAUGCUGAUAUUUGUGAGGUAUUACAGUUUUUGUUGGAUCGGUUCGCAGAGAUGGAGUAUGCCGAUUGCGUCAAGGCGUUUGAUGCUUAUGUUAAUGCUGCAAAGAUGAUUGAUGAACUUGUGGGGAUUUACAAUUGGUGCAAGGAUGUUGGGAUUGCAAGGUCAUCCGAGUUCCCGGAGGUGCAAAUCAUCACUGAUAAGCUUUUGGGCACGCUUGAGGGUUUCUUGAGAGAGAGAGCAAAUAGGCCAAGGAGCCCCGAGAUAAAUAGGGCGGAGAGCUCAUUAGCAGCUGAAGAGGAGAAACAACCAGAUAUGAAUGAAAUUAAAGCUCUUCCACCGCCAGAGAAUUACAUUUACACCCCUCCUCCUUCUCAACCUGGACCUCAGCAAAGGCCAGAUACUCAGCGGGUAGCCGAGGACUUGGUUAAUUUGAAGGAUGAUGGAGUGACAGCUGAUGGCGAGGGUAAUAAAAUGGCGUUAGCUCUGUUUUCUGGGCCGGUAGCCAAUGGAAAUGACUCGUGGGAAGCAUUCCCAUCUGAUGGUGAGGCCGGACAAGUAACUUCAGCUUGGCAGACACCAGCUGCUGAGAUUGGCAAAGCUGAUUGGGAGUUGGCAUUGGUAGAAACUGCCAGUAAUUUGUCAAAGCAAAAGGCUGAUUUAGCAGGUGGUUUUGAUUCACUUUUAUUAAACGGGAUGUACGAUCAGGGGACUGUGAGGCAGCACGUGAGCAAUACUCAGGUAACUGGUGGGAGUGCCAGCAGCGUGGCAUUGCCUGGACCAGGCAACAGGUCUAAACCUAUGCUCGCGUUGCCUGCCCCUGAUGGAACAAUCCAACCAGUAGGGAAUCAAGAUCCAUUUGCUGCUUCACUUUCUGUGCCACCUCCUUCAUACGUCCAAAUGGCGGAAUUGGAGAGGAAACAGCAGUUGCUAACGCAGGAACAACAGUUGUGGCAGCAAUAUGCGAGCAACGGGAUGCAAGGCCAGAUGGGUUUGUCCAAACUUGCUGGAACUACUUCAGGAUACUACGGAACGCCUUUUGGAAUGCCACAAAACGCUGGAAUGGGACAGCCAGCAGGUUAUUACUUUACUCCCCUCUAAAUCACCUCCCGGAAAAUAUAUGGUAUUUUUACUGCAUUGCAGUUUUAUUAUGCUUUUAAGUCCAUACAAUAUUGUCCUUGUCUUGAAACUUGUUAUCAGCUCCUCGGCAAUACCUAAGAUGUGUAUUCUGACAUUUUGCCAAAGCGAGUUAAAGAAUGGCUUAUUGGCAAUGAAAACAUACAUAAGUAAUUUUCAUUUCCAUUUUCUUUUUCAAUAUAAGCUUUCAUUGCUGA